AGUUUCUCUGUGAACGUAAAGCUAUUCAAUCGAAAAUUUUCAGUUACUUAUUGUGUUAAUAAAUUUGUUGUGUUAAAGGAACAUGGUACUUAGUGAAAACGAAGAGUCCAUAUUCAGAUGGGAAAAUAAAGAUAUUGAAAUGCAACACUAUUCCUCAACAAUAUCAAGUGAAGAUGACGGAUCUGAAGAUAAUAUCGAGGAAAGAAUACGUACUAGACCAUACCAAGAAAUAUGGAAUGCAUCUUCUAUUUGGGAGAGUCUAAUGAAUUUACCAGAUGCUGAAGAGAUCUAUGACCUGUUACAAAAGAACAAUCUCCAAUCAAUAAUCGGAAUAAACAAAAAUACCGGACUACUUAUGGCGACUUGGUUGGGGAAUAUCAAAGCACUUGAAUUAAUUCUAGAAAGCAUGCCAAAUUUAGAAACUUGUGAUGAAAGUGGAAGGACCGCCCUACAUCUAGCAGCAUAUGGUGGUAAAAGUGAUUGCCUCAAUCUGUUAUUGAAUACGGAUUGUAAUAUAAAUGCUUGGGAUAAAACCAAGCAAAUCACCCCAUUACACUGUGCGGCAGGUGCGGGAGAUUUGAAUUGUAUCAAAAUCUUGUUGAAAAAAGAAGCUAAUGUAAACGCGGGUCUCAGCAGCGGUGCAUACAAAGCUCCUUUAUAUUUUGCUGUUCAGAGCAAUGCUACUGAUUGUGUUAAAGAGCUUUUGGAAAAUGGAGCUAUACCCAAUCCGUGUCAGGUUUUCAGCGAAACUCCCCUUCAUGUAGCAGCAUCUCUUGGAAAUUCUGAAAUUAUGAAAUUACUUCUACAAUAUGGAGCUGCAAACGAUGUACAAUGUGGUACCGAAAAAAUGACUCCCCUACAUUUGGCUGUCGAAGACGGAGAUUUAGAAUGUGUGAAGUUACUUAUAAACGUUGGAGCCAAUGUUUCCGCUAAAAACUAUAAAAAUCAAACGCCUUUACAUUUGGCAGCGUUAUCCCAAUGUUCUGAAACAAUUGCUCUACUUUUAUCAAAGGGAGCUGACGCUAAUGCUGCUGACGUAGAUGGAAGAACUCCGUUACAUUGUUCUAUUGUAAAAGCAUCAAGAUCGUGCGAAUGUGUAAGAAUCCUGCUUGGCGCUAGACCAAAUGUAAACAAACCUGAUAUUUUUGGUUAUACGCCUUUACAUUUAGCUGCACUGAAUGAAUACUCCCAUUGUGUAAUGCUACUAAUAAAUAACGGUGGAGAUGUUACAGCGAGAACCAAUGGAGGAAUAUCAGUGCUUACUUUCAUAACAAGGAAAACACCUGGUGUCAUACACAAGUAUAUAAUGAAGUUUGACAAUUCUAUAAAGGUCGUGGAUCACGAAAUAGGCGAUAUUGACUGCGAACUGAAAUUAGAUUUUAGAGUACUCGUUCCGACAGUGGGUAAUAAAGAAACAGAACUACUUUUGAACUUCAUAGAAGUUGGCCAUAAAGAAGUUUUAAAGCAUCCAUUGUGUGAAACUUUCUUAUUUUUAAAAUGGAGACGGAUACGGAAAUUUUUUCUGUUCAGUCUCUUUUUUCAUUCUUUGUUUGUGAUUUUAUUCACUUUUUACACCAUAGGAGUAUUUUUAAAAAAUUGUCCUUCUUCAAAAAGUUUUAAAAAUCCUUGUUGGGUUCCCGAAUAUGUUAAAAUUUUUGGUUACAUUUUACUUAUACUUACUUUAUUGCUACUAGCGAAAGAGUUAUUCCAAAUAGCGCAUUCAUGGCAAACGUACAUGAAACAAUGGGAAAACGCAUUGCAGUGGCUCAUUAUUUUUGGAGUAUUUUGUUGCGUUCAACCUACGACGAACAUGGAUAUAAGGCAAGAUGUAUUCUCUUGGCAACAUCAUGUUGCAGCAAUAUGUAUAUUCAUUACUUGGGUAGAAUUAAUGAUGAUAGUAGGCAGAUUUCCAAUGUUCGGCUUAUAUAUUCAAAUGUUUACAACUGUCGCUGUUAACUAUGCCAAAUUUAUGAUGGCAUACAUAUGUUUAUUUUUGGCUUUUGCUUUGAGCUUUGGAGUCAUUUUUGCAAAUUAUCCAGCCUUUCAAGAUUUAAAAUGGGUGUUUCUUAAAGUUAUAAUAAUGAUGUCAGGUGAGUUGGAAUAUGAAGAUGUAUUUUUCCCCGAAGAAGAGAAGUACAAAAUACGAUAUCCUUAUACGGCCCAUUUAAUGUAUCUGGGAUUUGUUAUUUUAGUUACAAUUAUUCUCACGAAUUUGAUAGUAGGUUUGGCUGUUAGUGACAUUCAGGAGUUACAAAGAAGUGCUGGACUUGAUAGAUUAGUCCGCCAAGCAGAGUUAGUAGCUCACUUAGAAAGUAUGCUGUUUUCCAAACUUCUCUCUUGCGUACCCAAAAAAAUAAUGAAAUUCUUGCAUAACAACGCAUUACUUUUGAGAUCUCAAUAUCACUGGGCUCUGUAUAUAAGGCCUAAUGAUCCUAGAGAAGAGCGAAUACCUAAAGAUUUGGUAAAAAACAUUUAUCAAAUAGUUGUAAGUAAGAAAGACAAACCCAAAAAGCCAAAAAAAAUGAAUGAUUAUUAUUACUAUGACAUAAUAUCUCCAUCUCUCUCUAGAUUAAAUUCUUACACCAGUGAAGCAGCUAAAAACGGUAGUAAAAAUCAAUUAAUAACACUUAAGGAACAAGUUGAUGAUAUUUCACGAGAUUUUUAUGAACAAAAUCGAAUAUUGAAACAUAAAAUUGAUAAAAUUUACCUUACUUUAAAUGGACCAAAGUAAGAAAUUUUAGGUCUUUUUACUUAUAGACAAUUAAAACCUAUAACCUACGGUCAGCAUCAAAGGCAUAGAACAUUGAACAAGAAAAAAAAAUGAAAAUAACUCUUACAGAUCUUCCUUUAAGCAAAUAGCUUACACAAAAAUAAUUGAGAAGGUAUUUUUAAUAAUAAUUGGAUUAAUGAAGUAUUUUGAGUUAAACAAUAAAACAGUCAAUAUAUGUAUCUAGGUAAUCCUAGAAAACAAAAAAAUUAUGUAUCUUUUUUAGGAGAAAUAUUGUAUCAAUCAAAGGUAUAGAACAUAUAUAUUGGACAAGCAAAAAAUUGAUUAUCACUCUCCCAACUCUUCCUCCAAGCAAAUAAAUAUUUUAUACAAAAAUAACUGAGAAAAAGUUUUUAAUAAUUGGGUUAAUGAAAUAUUUUAAAUUAGUCUAGGUAAGUAGUAUUUAUUGGCAUAUCCUAGAAAACAAGAAAAAUGUCUUUUUUAUAUAAAUAUUGUAUCCAAACUAAAUAGAAUAAGUAAAUAAAAAAAUCGAUUAGAAAACAAAAACAUUACAGAAUAAUUUUUUUUUAUUCUCCUCAACAUGACCUCAAUAAAAGCAUAUCAAAUAUUGAUUUAAUUGAGAGGCAUCAACUUUUCUUCUGCCAAAAUCUACACUAUGAAGUUCUUAACUAAAAACCAUUUUUAAACAAUUCACUUUUAUUCAAUAAAUAUAAACAAAACUGUUCACGCCAAUAUAGAUUUAAGAAAUAUCUUAAUAGAUUUGUAAUUAGAACAUUCUUCUAGAUGUUUUUCAUGCUCAAACUUGGAUUUUUAUUCAUGGAAAUUUGAUAGAAGCUUUAAACGUACAAACCUUGAAAUUUGUCC